UGGGGCCCCCAGGCAAUAGGGGAUCAUGGGGCCCCUGUGUCCUUGCCCAAACUCAAAAAAGCCUAUGAAAAAGGUACCAGGGGCAUCUCAUGGGGCCCCCUAGUGCCCGAGUUUCCAAAUGAAGCGGAUUUUUGUCCCGUGUGUACUGGGCUGAAGCUCACAGUGUGCAGCGAGGAGCAGGGGCGGACUGACAACUCAUGGGGCCCCCGGGCAAUAGGGAUCAUGGGGCCCCUGUGUCCUUGCCCAAACUCAAAAAAGCCUAUGAAAAAGGUACCAGGGGCAUCUCAUGGGGCCCCUACUGACCCCGGGCCCUCGGGCAGUGCCUGAGUUUCCAAUUGGUCAGUCCACCCCUGGC